AUGCCUCAUCAUGACCCGUCCAACGCCGUCGACAUCGAAAAGAUGGACAGGGCGAGCUCGUUGGACACAUCGAUAGAACCUAGCAAUCAGCAGUGCGACAGUCGACGUUUCUCUCUUUCCGGCGCGGGAAACAUUUCUCUCGACGAUGUACAGGCCGUUCGAGUUCAGCUCCGCGACCUCGCUGUGUCGGUUGAUACGGCACCAUCAUGGGUCGAGCCGGCGACGUACCCGCAGCUGUUUGCGAACAAGUUCAACACCAGCCCCAAGAUGAAGUCGCUGCUUCACUCGGUGAAUGCAGAUAUCCAGCCAGGGACAUUGACUGCUAUCAUUGGAGGGAGUGGUUCAGGAAAGACGACCCUUCUCAACACUGUUGCCGAACGAGUUAUGAGUCCCAGGCUCAGCCAAGACGGAGUCGCUACCUUCAACGAUCAGGUUGGGGUACAUAGUGUGCGCCAUGCCUAUGUUAUGCAGCAGGAUAUCUUGUUACCGACCCUCACUGUUAGGGAGACGUUGAAGUAUUCGGCCGAUUUGAGACUUCCCCCGUCGACCACUGCCGAAGAUCGAAACAGAGUUGUGGAGGAAGUCAUUCUCGAGCUUGGCCUGAAGGAGUGUGCCAAUACUCGCAUUGGAAACUCCCAGCAUCACGGCUGUUCCGGCGGCGAGAAGCGACGAACCAGCAUCGGUGUUCAACUACUGGCCAACCCGUCCGUCCUCUUCCUCGACGAACCGACCACUGGCCUCGACGCUACAAGCGCUUAUCAACUCGUCCGAACGUUGAAGAGGCUUGCCCAAAAGGGCCGAACCAUCAUCACGACCAUCCACCAACCUCGGUCCGAGAUCUGGGAUCUCUUUGACAACUUGAUCGUCCUAACCAAGGGCAGCCCUGUUUACUCAGGACCUGUCAAGGACUCUGUCCCUUGGUUUGGAGAUCUCGGCUAUCAGCUUCCGCCAUUUGUGAACCCGGCCGAGUUCAUCAUCGACAUUGCCGCUGUCGAUAAUCGCACUCCCGAGUUGGAACAAGAGACAACUGCCAGAGUUGAGCAGUUGAAGACCGCAUGGAACCAAGAAAGCGCAAAGCAAUUCACACCGCUUGACACGUCCAUCGAUGUUCGACACCGGAAACGAAACAAGCGAGCAGAGAAACAUGCCGGGUUCGUGAGACAGCUAACUGUUCUUACGGAUCGUACCCUCAAGGUUACAUAUCGCGACCCGUUGGGAAUGAUGGCUUCCAUCAUGGAGUCCAUCUUCAUGGGUCUCGUGACGGGCUAUCUCUUUUACGACCUCGGCCGUGAUCAACCCGGCAUCCGAUCUCGACAAGGUGGACUGUACACUGCUGCCGGUCUCCAGGGCUAUCUCAUUCUCAUCUUUGAGGUGUACCGCAUGACGAUCGACAUUCCGACCUUUGACCGCGAAUCGUCAGAAGACUGUGUUGACGCUCUGCCCUACAUCCUCUCUCGAAGAUUGGCCCGAAUGCCGACAGAAGAUGUCCCCGUGCCGUUUUUCUUCUCCGUGAUUCUCUACUUCAUGGCAGGUUUCGACCGCGAUGUGGAAAAGUUCUUCAUCUUCUUCGCUAUUAGUCUUCUAACGCAGUACAUCGCUGUGACCUGUGCCAUGACCUGUGUGGCAGCAGUUAGACACUUUCCUGGAGCGAGUUUGAUUGCGAACAUGGUGUUUACGUUGCAGAGUAUGGCUUGUGGCAUGUUUAUUCAAGCCAACAGCAUUCCGGUAUAUGUGCGAUGGUUGAAGUGGAUUACUUACACGUUCUAUGCUUUUGGAGCAUACGCUGGGAACGAAUUCGAAGGCAACUUUUACGACUGCCCCUAUCCUGGUGGAGAAUCCGACCCAAGGUGUAAACAGUACACCGGCAAAUACGUGAUGGAGUCACUCGGCUUUCCCAGCAACUGGGUUGCUCGCCCCAUCAUCGUCAUGGUGGCUUUCGUCGUCUUCUUCCUAGUACUCUCAACAAUCGGACUACACUUCUUCAAGGUCGAAAUGACGAUUGCUCGUCCUCGUGUCUCGGAUACCGACUUGUCUGCCGGAAAGGAGAAGAUGACGGCGAGGUCUAUCGCCGAUGUUCGCGCUAUCGACCUGGGACUUGACAAGUUUGCCUUGAAGAUUGACAAGAGGAGCCCGCUUGGCAAGAAGCUGCCCACCAAGAUAAUCCUCAACCCUGUCAAUGCCACGUUUGAUGCUGGGGUUUUGAAUGUAAUCAUGGGACCGUCAGGAAGCGGCAAGACAUCCCUCCUCAACGCCAUGGCUCUGCGACUACGAAACUCGAUGGGCACCAAGUAUCGUCCAACUGGAAAACUCACCUUUAACGGUGCCGUUCCCUCAGAUUCGGUCAUCCGGUCUGUUUGUUCCUACGUCUGCCAGGAUGACGAUGCUCUUCUGCCGUCACUUACGGUCCGUGAAACACUCCGUUUCGCGGCCGGACUGCGUCUUCCGUCUUUCAUGAGCAAGGAAGAGAAGAAUCGUCGGGCCGAAGAAGUACUGCUCAAGAUGGGAUUGAAAGACUGUGCUGAUAACCUGAUUGGCGGUGAGCUGGUCAAGGGUAUCUCUGGAGGAGAGAAGCGUCGUGUCUCCAUCGCUGUCCAGGUGUUGACUGACCCUCGCAUUUUGCUUCUCGAUGAACCGACGUCGGGUCUUGACGCCUUUACCGCGAACUCGAUUAUGGAAGUGCUUCAAGGACUCGCCAAUGAAGGACGAACUCUCAUUCUCACGAUCCACCAAGCUCGUUCCGACCUGUUCAGGGAGUUUGGCAACGUGCUUCUUCUGGCGCGAGGCGGCUCGCAGGUUUACUCUGGCCCUGGAAAAGACAUGCUUGGAUAUCUGGCGCGCCACGGCUAUGACUGCCCUCAGCAUACGAAUCCGGCAGACUUUGCGUUGGAUAUGAUUACGGUUGACUUGCAGCAGGAAGAGAGGGAGGCUGAGUCUCGUGAGCGAGUGCAGAGGUUGAUCCAAAACUGGAAAGAAGAUGGUGUUUCGAGUGGUCGGCUCCCUGAUAUUCGAGAACGAGAUGAAGGGAAUGAAAAGACAGACAAUCUUGAAGACACGGAGAAGCAGGGUCAGUCUACCUCACCCCCAACAGCUAUACUGCAACCGAAGCAACAAACUCCACGACGAUCCUUCAACAAGGCCAACCUCUCGACUCCCGCCGAACUUGGAGCCCUCAUCCGCAAACGAGCCUCAAUCACAACCUCACUCCCUCUUCUUCUCCACCGCGCCAUAAUCAACACCCGUCGCCAACCCGAACUCAUCAUGGCCCGCCUCAUGCAAGUCAUCGGCCUAGCCAUCGUUCUCGCCCUCUUCUUCGCCCCUCUCCACAACGACUACUACUCAGUCCAGAACAGAAUGGGUUUCGUCCAGGAGAUAGGUGCUUUUUACUUUGUCGGCAUGCUGCAGAACGUAGCUGUGUACCCCAACGAGCGAGACGUCUUUUACAGGGAAGAUGACGAUGGAGUCUACAGCGUUGAGGCGUUCCUUGCGUCCUACACCAUCCUCGAGGUACCCUUUGAGAUCGUCAGCUGUCUGGUCUUUGGUGUCCUCGGCGCUAUUGCUGUUGGUCUGCCUCGGACGGUGACCAUGUACUUUGUCUGCGUCUUUUCGUGCUUUGGAAUCGUCUCGUGCGGUGAGAGUCUGGGUAUCAUGUUCAACACUCUCUUUGGACACACGGGCUUCGCCGUCAACGUCAUGGGCAUUUUUCUGUCUGUCGCAAACAGUAUGGCAGGCGUCCUCUCCAUCGACAUGCCCGAGCUAUUCAAGGGGUUCAACUACCUCUCGCCCAUCCGCUACGCCACCCGUGCCGUCGCGCCGUAUUCCCUGCGCGGCGUCGAGUUUACGUGCAAUGAUGCGCAGAGACUGCCUGACGGAAGGUGUCCGAUCGAGACCGGGCAGGAUGUACUGGAGCUUUACAAGUUUGACGUCGAUCCAGUUGUGAAUGUGGGAAUUUUGGCGGUUUGUGUGGUGGUUUAUCGGGUUUUGGCGUGGGGGUUGUUGAAGGCUAUGAGGAAGCACUGGAAGGGAAGUAAGGGGGAUAAGCAGUAG